ACCGAGUUAGCUUGAGCCGAUGGCGGUAGUCUAAUCGAGCUUCAGAGAUUGUUCAGUGUGAGGGUGCCGUUGCGCGUUCAAGACCGUGCAUGGAAGGUGAUCAGAAUGCGAAAUCCGAUCGUGGCCUACAUCGCCGGAGCUAUGGCAGGUUUCGUGUUCGGAUGUCUCUUCAGAUUCGACACAUACCUCGCGAAAGAUCGCGGUGGUGAUUCGAACGGUGGAGGGACAGCCAAUCAAAGACUCAUUUACGUUGUGACGCCUACGUACGCGCGACCCCAGCAGAAAGCCGAGCUCACACGACUGUCGUACGCCUUGCGUCUAGCAGGAAACAUCCAUUGGGUGCUUGUGGAAGACUCAGCGAAACCAACGGAAAUGGUUUCAAGCCUGGUGAAACAAUCUGGGAUACCGUUCACAUUGCUCAACGUUGAAACUCCACCGGAAUACAAAUUGAGAACGAGAGAUCCCAGCUGGCUCAAACCCAGAGGAGUGCUCCAACGGAACGCGGCUCUCCAUUUUUUGAGGGAAAAAACGUCCCCCGAGGACGACAGCGUUGUGUACUUCGCCGACGAUGACAAUACUUAUGAUGUUCGAUUGUUCGAAGAGAUGCGUCUCACGAAGAAGGCUUCUGUGUGGCCUGUCGGUUUAGUAGGGGGACUGAUGGUGGAGAGGCCGAUCGUCAUCGAUGGUCGCAUAAAACGCUUCAAUGCUGUGUUCAGGCCCGAUCGAACCUAUCCCAUAGACAUGGCGGCGUUCGCCGUGAGUCUCAAACUCCUGAAAAAUCAUCCGGACGCCGUUUUCUCGCUCAAUGUGCCGAGGGGUCAUCAAGAAACCCAUUUCCUAACGAAACUCCUAUCUAGAGUCAGCGAGCUCGAACCCCGCGCUGACAACUGCACAAAGGUUUUGGUUUGGCAUACGCGAACGGAGAAUACAGAUCUGAAGCUGGAGAAGAGACUAGCGAUGCCUUCAAACCAGGGAAUCGAAGUAUAGGGAGCCGAUUAAUCAGAAAGCGUCCGUCAACAUCCGCUUUCAAUUAUACGAUCGGUGUUGGCAAUGCUUCUGUUAACGUGUCAAUCGGUCCGCCGCUCCCGCUCAUGCAUCACAAAGGACGACAAACAUGCGAUUAGGGAGGUCAACCCGAAUCGGCCUGUCGACGCGCAGAGGUCUCAUUUACAAUAAGUCAACCUCGAGCCUCGCCUCUUUCACAGAGCUGACUGUGGCGACCCUCCGAGGAAGAGCUUCGCUUUCAUUCUAUCCAUGACUUUUCGAGGUGCAUGGAACGGGCCAUGUCCGAAUGUUUGUUCGAGUUGCCAUUGUGUUUCCGCGAAUCCCGACGUUCUUCUACCAUGUUGAUUGUCCGUCAGAUGCCGUGGACGAAGAUCUUUCAACGUGGUUUCCGCUCAAAUUAUUCCACGUUGCAGGAUGUACAUACACAAAUGUAGAUUUUCCACAAAACCAGCUGACAAAGGCUACGAAUAUCGAUUAUGCUUGUGAGUCACGCGGAAAGAAGCUAGACGGGUCGGAAGACUUACGCAACCCGGGAGAAGAUGACUAGUCAAAGUCCCAAUGUAUCGAGGCUUCUGAGAGUUUAAGGAUG